AUGGCUGGACGAGAUGGUCGCACUAGUUAUGGAGGGUCCGGUGGAAUAUCGAGGUCUAAUCACAGAAAACCUAUAUUGGCCGCAAGCAAGUACGAUGGUUCAACGCCUCUAAUGGAUUACAAAGCCUUUCAGGCAUGUGUAGAGUUCAACGAAUGGACGCGAGAGGAGCAAGGUUUACAUCUGUCCGGCAGUUUAAUGGGUUCUGCUCAAGAAGUGUUAAGCUCUUUACCAUUAGAGGACAGAUAUGACUAUGAUUCACUGAAGGAUGCUUUGGAACGACGGUUCCAGCAAAAAAAUCAAACGGAAUUGUAUAGAAGUGAGUUGGAGAACCGUAGGCAGAAUCCGAAGGAAAAACUUACUGAGUUGGGACAAGCUGUGAAGCGGAUGGUGGUAUUGGCCUAUCCAACUGCUGAACAAAGUCUCCAGGAUGUUUUGGCUAAAGAUGCAUUUUUGGACGCCCUCCAAGACGAUAUGGAUAUGGUGUGGAAAAUCCAACAAAGUCGACCAUCAAACCUUGAAGAAGCAACACAUGUUGCCAUAGAACUAGAGUCAUUUUGUGUAUCUAACGAAACAAAAAGGCCUCGACAAAAAUACACAAGAACGCUAACAGAGCCAAAAACCGAUGAUGGUCAUACAGUUGAAAAAUUGAUGAAGCAAAUAGCAGGUUUAACUGACGGAAUGAAGACAUUACAGUUGAAGUUGGAAAAAAUGGGACCAGAUAGAAAGAAGCCUGACGGAGUUCGAAACAUGACACAAAACAACCAUUCUCAAUCUCCCGUGGGUAAACAUUUCACCUCACCUAAUGGCCUCACUUUUUGGCCUGCAUAG